CACUUGUCACGUCAAGAAGCAUGAAUUAAAAUCCGUCUCGCACUUCGCCCCCUUCACGUUAUUUCCGGAAAAAGUCGUGGUUCAGAGACUGUUUUUACUAAUGAUGGUGUAUGUUUUAAAGAAGUCUGGAUUAAUGUAACUUGGACCGAAUUAUAACCGAGACUGUGUGGAUAACAAGCAUCUUGUGUUCUUCAAUUCAACAUCGUCGUCCGUCAGAAAUCACACUGGGUAGUACACAUAGCACCGACGACAGCACAGACCAAGCGGGUUACGGUUCUGAUGAAGAGUCUGUGAUGGAGCUCUCGCACAGCUUACUGCUCAACGAGCAGGCCCUGUCUCAGAUCGCAGAGUCCAAACGGCCCAUCUUCAUCUAUGAGUGGCUGCGCUUCUUGGAUAAAGUACUUGUGGCUGCACAAAAAUCCGACAUCAAAGGGUCCCAGAAGAAACUUAUUCAGCAGCUGACCAGUCAGAUCUCGGAGUCUCCGGGGCCGCCAACGCGGGCCCUGCUCGGGAAAUGCAUCGGUACCCUCUUCAGCGUCGGGGACUCGUUUGAUAUCAUAGAAACCUCCAACUUCUGUAACGACAUCAUCAAGAAUAAAGAUGACUCGCCAAGCUUUCUACCAACCAGAUUGGCUGCAGUUGCCGUGCUCGGAGCUAUGUAUGAGAAACUGGGCCGGAUGAUGGGAGGCAGCUUCCCUGAGACAAUCCAAGGCCUUCUAAAAGCUCUUAAGAAUGCAGAGUCGACGGGUCGUUGUGAGAUCAUGCUGUGUCUCCAGAGGAUCAUCAAGGGACUGGGCUCAGCUGCACAGUCAUUCCAUCGUGACAUCUAUAAGGCUGUACGCGGUGCAUUACAGGAUAGGAGUAUGGCUGUCAGGUGUGCAGCCGCUAAGUGUAUGCUAGAAAUGGUAAAGGAAGGCAACUUUCUACACACUACUGAGCUUGAGAACAUGGUGUCUACAUGCUUCCGAGCUCUGGAUGGAUCCAACUACGAUGUACGCAGCGCAGUGUCCAAACUACUGGGAGUGCUUUUGUCUACAACUCAGACCAACAUUUCAAAAGACCCCAGAGCAAAGCGUACCACCAUUGAAGAUGUGUACAAUCUACUCUCAGUGGGCUUCAUGAAGGGGACCUCUGGGUUCCUUAAAGCCGGGGGCGGGGAACAGAAAGGAGGCGGUAUGAUCAACCGGGAGGUCCGUGUCGGAUUCACACAUGCAUACGUAGUCUUCGUCAGGACUCUUGGGGGCCUGUGGCUGGAGAGGAACCUUCAAUUGUUCCUGGAGCGCGUCUUCGACAUUGUCGCCAAUCCCCGUUCCACGCCGACCCACGUGGACGCAGUGUAUUUACGUCGAUGUGUGACCUUCAUCUUGAGAUCCACCCUGGGGGAUAUGCUUGGGGAAAAGGCUCAGGUGUCUACCUGUAAACAGCUGUGUGUGAUCAUGACAAACUAUAUGAAUUCAGUCCGUGAGCCGAGUAGCAGUAGCAGUGGUCAUUCCAUCGAUGCUUCAAACACUCAACAUGUCUUGAUCUGUGCUCUGCAAGAACUAGGGAGUCUCGUCAAGUCUCUGACGACGUGUGCCAGUUCACUAGUCACUGAGCCCAAUGCUAAUAUGUGUGACACAGUAGCCAGUGUGCUGCUGCAUCCGAGCCCUGCAGCUCGUCUAGCUGCAGCUUGGUGCCUCCGCUGCAUCGCAGUGGCCCUACCGUCCCAGAUGACGCCCCUCCUGGACCGCUGUACGGACAGACUGAGCAACCUGAAGAGCUCACCGGAGGCAGUGUCUGGGUACAGCUUCACCAUCGCUGCGUUGCUUGGAGGGGUGAGGGACUGCCCCCUGGGGAUACCCCAUGCAAAGGGAAAGGCUAUUUUCAGCAUAGCAGAAGACCUAUUACGAACGGCCUCACAGAACAGUCGCAUGUCCCUGCACAGAACCCAGGCCAGUUGGCUCAUACUGGGGGCUGUUAUGACAUUAGGUUCACCAGUAGUCAAAAACCACUUACCCAGGCUUCUGCUGUUGUGGCGUAAUGCAUUCCCGAGAUCAUCCAAAGAGCUAGAUUCUGAGAAGGCAAGAGGGGACGCCUUCACCUGGCAGGUCACAUUAGAGGGGCGGGCUGGUGCACUGUGUGCAAUGCAGAGUUUCAUUACUCACUGUCCUGACCUUGUCACCGAUGACGUCAUCCGACGAUGCUUAACACCGCUAGAGUGUGCUAUGUCUAUGCUGGCAGAGAUUCACACAGUCAUCAAAUCCUGUGGUGCCCAUCUGAAAGCCAGUGCAGCAAUGGUUAGAUUGAGACUGUAUGAAGUGUUGAGACUACUGCCCCCAACAUCAUAUGAAGGUAGCUUCACAGCCCUACUUAGAGAGCUCGUAGCUGAGUUCACACUGACGGACAACGCAGCUAACACUACCACCUCCCUCAUGAGAUCACUAUGCCAUGAGAAUGACUCUAUCAUCUUACAGAGCUGGAUCACCGAGACUGAUCAUAAAUCAGUGGAGCUACAGCUGCAGGCAAACAGCGCCUCGGGGUCUGGGGCGCUGGAACACGAUCCGUCAUCGCUGUACUGGAAGACUGUCAGGGGGGAAGACACACCCGGUCCCCUCCCCUUAGGAGUUGCCGUCAUCGAUGCAUCCGUCUCCCUCUUUGGUGUGGUCAUACCCCACGUUGCUGAUAAGCAUCGACUGAAGAUCUUGGAGCAUUUCAAGGAGUGCAUCAGGCAAGCUAAGUCUGCCAGACAGCAAGCCGUUCAGAUUAACGUCUUCACGGCUGUGCUCAGUGCUCUCAAAGGCUUGGCAGAGAAUAAGCGUCGGUUGAAGAACAGUGGUGUAAGGGCAGCAGCCAACAGCCUCAUUAUGAAUGCUCUGACCAAUGCUAACCCCAUCCUCCGCUGUGCUGCUGGUGAGGCGUUGGGGAGGAUGGCACAGAUGGGCGGAGAUAACACAUUCAUCGCUCAGACUGCUCAGAUGUGUUUUGAUAGACUCAAGACAGCCAGGGAUGCUGUCUCAAGAACAGGUAACUCGUUGGCCUUAGGAUGUCUUCAUAGAUACGUUGGUGGCAUGGGUGCAGGUCAGCACCUUAAUACCAGUGUGAGCAUCCUGCUAGCCCUGGCACAGGACUCAACAUCGCCCACAGUACAGAUGUGGGCGUUACAUGCCCUGGCUCUUAUAGCGGAUUCUGGUGGGCCGAUGUUCCGCUCCUACGUGGAGCCAACACUGUCCCUGGUACUCACCUUGCUGCUUAGUGUACCACCGUCCAAUGUUGAGGUGCACCAGUGUCUCGGCCGCUGCCUGGCAGCACUCAUCACAACACUGGGACCCGAACUGCAAGGUAACAAGGGUAAUCUAGCGACUGCAAGGACAUCUUGCCUGGUAGCCUGCACCAUCAUGCAGGAUCACCCAGACUCCUUGGUUGGUUCCGAGGCCAUAGCGUGCCUGCAGCAGCUACACAUGUUUGCUCCGAGACACGUCAACUUGUCAAGUCUGGUACCCCACCUCUGUACAUCAUUGGGUAGCCAGCAUUUACUGCUACGCCGUGCAGCCGUAGCCUGCUUGAGACAACUCUCUCAACGUGAAGCAAAGGAGGUGUGUGAAUACGCCAAGAGUCUGGCCAAAGAUCCCAGAGAUAUGAAUACAACGGAUGGCAUUAAUAUCACAGAGACGGGCUUGCAAGGAGUACUGUUUGGCAUGUUGGAUAAGGAAACAGACCAGCGACUGUUAUCAGACAUUCAUGAUACCUUGAUUAGUAUGCUGCAUGAGUUAUCAGGGAAAGAUCUAGCUAGAUGGCUGACGCUGUGCAAGACAGUCCUGUCAGCAUCGAAAGAUGGGGGAACAGGUACCCCAACCCAGGAAGUUGCUCCCAUCGGCUCGGAUGAGAAAGAUGAAAAAGAUGAUGAACCAGAACUUGAUGACUCUGCAAAGUUCAAGACUGGAGAGAAAGUCAAUACUCAUCCACCAGUGGCACCCAGGUGGCCAACGAGGGUCUUUGCAGCUGAGAGUGUGCGUCGUGUAAUCCAGGUGUGUGACGGCAACACGGUGCACUUUGACCUGGCCCUGGCAAGAGAAAUGAGGAAUAAGACAUCACAAGACAACUACCUGGUCUUGCAUUUAUCUGACUUGGUGCGGACGGCGUUCAUCGCUGCGACGUCAGAGAGCACCCAGCUCCGUAAUGCUGGUCUCCUACUCCUCCAAGAUAUCAUCAAUAAGUUUGCUCGGGUUCCUGAGCCAGAGUUUCCCGGUCACUUCAUCAUGGAGCAGUACCAGGCUCAGGUGGGUGCAGCUCUAAGACCAGCCUUCUCACCAGAUACUCCCUCUGAUGUCACAGCCAUGGCUUGUCAGGUGUCGAGUGCAUGGAUUGGCAGUGGGGUCGCACAUGACCUGAAUGACCUACGCAGAGUCCACCAGCUGCUUGUAUCAUCACUUGCCAAAUUGCAGGUUGGCAAGGGCGCCCCAGCACAACUCUACAGUGAAAGCGCAUCCACUAUGGAGAAGCUUGCUGUCAUCAAGGCAUGGGCUGAGGUUUAUAUCGUUGCAAUGAGGCAGCAUCUCAACCCACCAGAACAGAUCAGUGACCGAGAUGGAUACCACAGUGACCGCUCAGCAGACAGCCUCCUCAACCUUGUCCAGCCGGAGCUCGUCUCCCUGAGCAAGUACUGGUUGGCCGCUCUCCGUGACCACGCCCUCCUGGCCCUACCCUCGGACUUCGCCAGCCAGCUUCCACAGGAUGGAGGUGCAUUCUACAAUUCGGACGCAAUCUCGACGACGAGGCCGCACUACCAGAAGGCGUGGUCACCCAUUGUGUACGCCGCCGCCCUGUGGCUGAACAACGGCGGUUUUGCGACGGUGGAAAAGAACCUUGAUGGUAGUUUUGGGACAGUUUCUGGCAGCGGGCCGGUGCUUCCAGGAAUGGGUACAAGGAUGAGUGCUCCGCAGGGGAAGAGCUCUGAGACGCUCAAGGAAGAUUAUUUCCAUCUCAUUCUAGGAGUGUGUGUUGAAGCCCUUUCAUCCCAGCGCUCAGCCGAGCCCAUUCAGAGUGUUCACUACUGCCUUCAGGCCGUCCAGACCCUUCUGGACACAGCCUGGCCGAGGAGUCGACUCAGCGUGGACCCCUCGCUAGCUGUGGAGCUCCUGAACGUCAUGCAUCGUCUGCUGCUGACUAGAGAGACACUCAGUACACACCUCCUGGUGACCACUGUGGUCAGGCAGGUUAUACAGAGUAUAGAGGAACAGCUGGCCAGAACGAGGAAGAUCAAAGAUGAGACCUCCGAGGCAAAGUCUAACGGUACCGUCCAGGAAGAGGGAGGGGAAAGCGGAGAGAUCAUUCCUGGGGCCUCGGUGGUCUUUGCCACCUUGGAGGUCUGCCUCUGCCUGCUGGUCAGGCAGCUACCAGCUCUCAACCCCACCGUGUCCAGUGCUAUCAUCCAGAGCUACACCAAACACGCUGGACUGUCGGACGAGGCCAGUGAUCUCAUAUCCACCACUGUAGCAAUCAUGGCUGGACUUCCAGAGUUGUGCUCUCCUGCAGGCAGUGUAUCAGUACUUCCAACCAUUCUCUUCCUGACCACCGGGGUGUUGAGAGAGACCGCAGAGCCCUCCAUCGACGGCAAGAUCGCACCCACGGUCACGGCUUCCCUUCAGGCACUACGCAUCCUGUCCCAGUCCAGGCAUCUCAACGAUCCAUCCUACUGUAAAGACUGGGUUAGGUUACUGCGGAGUGCGCUGGCCACCGUCCUGGAUUGUGCUAGGCCAGGUAAAGAUAAAGCUGAUGUAGAUGAUAACAGUAUCCUUCUAGCUGUGGCCGUCAUCGUGGCGUCUGCCCCACCGUCGGUCUCGGCUGUUCCAGGCCUACAGUGUCAGGCUAUCGAACUCUUCAAGAAGACCAUGCACUCGGAUGAGCCAUUGGUGAAAUUCAAGAGUCUUCAGACGAUGUGCUCCGUCUUCCAGAUCAAGCAUCGGGAGAUAGCCACGCCCUUCAUCCACGCCCUUGGCCCGAGGGUUGUGGAGUACCUGCACGGCAUUGGGGGCAACAAGCCAGAUAAGGACAAUGAGGUGCUGGCAGUACUUGAGGCUAUAAGGGUCCUGGAGGUACUUGUAAGCCUCACAGAUGAAGCACACAGGGUUCAACUUUUAGCUCUCUUAGUCCCAAUCUUAAUCAGUCUCCUGGUGCCGAUGACCAUCCUUCCCUCCACCUCCAAGCAGAGCAGAGCCCUCCAUGAGCAGGCCUUGCAGAAACUCAUGAAGAUUGGACCGCUCUACCCGGCCGCCUUCAAGUCGGUCAUCAGCGGCGCGCCAGAUCUCAAGUCCAAGCUAGAGGGUGCCAUUCGAGCCAACCAGGCGGCGGUUAAUAAGAUGAAGGCUCAACACUCGCAGGUCAAGCAAGCGAUGCCGGCAGCACCCAGUAUCAAACUCAAGAUGGAUUUCAGUAACUUUAGCGGAUAAUUUUUCGCCGGAAAACAAGCUUCCCCCCAAUCCCAAUACUUUUUUAAACAACUAUUGUAGAGUACUCAUGUUUAAUAUAUGGGCCCAUUUUUGUAGAGGUGCUUAAGCAGAAAGUAUCGCUUAACAAUGUUCUGCUAAGCACAAAUGAGCAGGCUGGUAACCUUAAUCUGGUAAGCUUGUUGUGCUUAGCUUCUUUUUGUGCUUAAGCAGUUCUAUGAAAAUGAGCCCUGUUCUAAACUCUAUUUAUUAGCACUGUCAGGGUUCGAUGUCACAAAGCAUCUUCACUCUUUAUCUAAGCUUGACAUCGUCUCAAGGGUACGUGAGUGGCCCACUAAUUAAAAUCUCUGAAUUCUACUCACAUUUUCUAUGCUAGCUGUGUAACCAAGAUAUCCACAAAGUAGGAACAGACAUUAUGGUAAAAUCCCCUUGCUCACCAAUGGAAAACACUAAUACCAAAAUGCACAGAUUUUAGCAAACUAAAAGUGCUUUUUACUCGUAGCAGUAAUACUCGUCAUAUCCAUAUUAUUUUCUUUCUUUUUUUUUCUUUUUAACCUUUGUUUAUUUUAAGAUAAAAAAAAUUGCUUUUC